CGACACAAGGUCGUCACGACCUAAAGUGUCAAUCGUCACCAUAACGAUUCAACGUCGAGAUCAUGAAGUUGUCCUUCGUAUCACUCGACAGGCCGGCGUCUCACCGGUAGUCCCCGGAUCCCUACCUUCUUGAGCACCGACAAGCCAUCAAGACGCGAGGAUGAAUUCGUCCACCUCAACUCCCGUAUCACCAGCGGUCGGGCCGGGACCGUCCAAUCCACCUCAACGUCCUCCGAUCAAGAUCAAGAUCGUCAGUUGGAAUCUGGGCGAUUCUCUACCCAAGGGAGACCUCUCCCCGUUGUUCGGAGAAUUCCCACCUUACGAAGCUCCCGACCACCUCCCCCUCGAUUUCCCCGACUUUGGGACGGAAGAUGGGCAUCCUUAUCAUAUCAUCGUAGUUGCCAACCAGGAAGCCCCGACACAGAGUGGGGUACCUCGAGGGCUGGGAGGGGGGAUCACGAAAGGUCUAGCUGGGCAGAAGGAGAAGGAGAAGUUGAAGGAACGGGGGAAACUCCAGGGACAAAAGGAAGCGGAAAAGGCUAAGAAGGAUGCUCUAGCUGGAGGUGUCGCUUCAGCUGGGGGUAUCGGAGCGUUGGGAUUGGGAAUGCUCGACGUGCCGCCCCUAACAACGGGAAAGGAAGAGUUCUCCAAACAGGUCGAUGUGGAUCCUUCGGUCUUGAGCCCGACGUAUACGCCUCACCAUGGGCAUCAUACGGUCCAUGUGAAUAUGGGUACAAACAAGGGCUGGUCGGAUAUCCUCGAAGACUACCUGUCCCAUGGCAUACAACAAGCUGUUCAGACCAAUGGUCGGAACCGUGGAACAUCUCGUAGCAGCCGAGACUACAAGGACCUACCCAAACUCAACUUCUUGUCUACCUCGGGGUCCGAGUCUCCUGAAGUCUCUUCACCAGCUACCAUGACCAGACAAGAGUUGCCAGCGGUCCCCUCGAAGACGCCUAACGGCCUUGUCCCUCCUCCACUCGUCAACCGUUCUUCUUCUGCCCCGCCUGAUCAUCCCUCGUUGGCCAAAGAACAGCAGCCCGAUGGCUCGAACAAGAACGGGAGUGGGACGAGCGAAUUUACGGCGAUUGUCACCCCUAGCACUCCGGAUCCUAUCGCUUCUCCUCGUUCGGAACGAGCUCAAAUGCUAGGAUCUAGCAUCGAUCGGAUGCAUAACGCUUCCCCGUUGUCCAUGUUCUCGAUGAGCUCCGAGUCGACCGCUCCAACGAUGAGUAAAUCGACGAUUCCGGUACCGAUGUCUCCGGGGUCUUCCGGUGAGGACCAUGACAAGGAUAAGGAAACGGAAAGGAGGAAGGAGGAGAAGACGAAAGACAGGGAUGUCAAGCGGUCUUCUUCGUUACUCUCAACCCCAUUGUUAAGAAAAAGGGACAGCGCCAAACGCUUGCCACCCAUCUCGAUCCCGUCGUCUCACAUCUCUGCCAACUCUUUGCAAUCGGCCGUCUCGACACCGAGUGGUAACGUGCCCGAAGUAGGGCCAGGGCAAAAGCGCCGCGGAGCCGGACCUUACCAGUUCUUGGUCAAGGAACGUCUUCUCGGGCUUUACCUGGCCAUCUUUGUUCACAAGGACUGUGCUUCGUGGGUCGAAGGGUAUGAUCACGAUUUUGUACCCACCGGUCUGAUGGGCGGGAGGAUGGGUAACAAGGGAGCUAUCGGGAUCUCGCUCAAAAUGGCGGGACAUCGGUUCCUCUUCGUCUGCGCUCACCUGGCAGCCCAUGCGAGUCACAUGGACGCCAGGAUCAACAACGUUGACAAGAUCAAGACCGAGCUGGCGAGAGGUUUGGAUUGCUUCUUGUCCCCUGAAGAACUGGCUAUCAAGGCGCCUCCGGGCGGCACGGUCGAGGAUCUCGACGUGACGGAUAAGUUUGAUACGACGUUUUGGUUUGGUGACCUUAAUUUCCGCCUCGAAGUUUCGAGACUACACGCCGACUGGUUGGUCAAGCACAAAGAGUACGAAAAGGCGCUCGAGUUUGAUCAGCUUCGGAACGCCAUGCGGGAAGGCAAGGUGUUUGACGGGUUUGUCGAGGGGGACAUUGAUUUCGCCCCCACGUUCAAGUACGACGUCUGGCACUCGGCGAAAAAGAUGCGAAAGCGAGGGGAACUACAGGCGCGGGACAAGAACGUCUUGCCCGGAGUCGAGGAGGCUGAGCAGGGGGAAGAGGACGAGGACGACUCGCCGACAGACGAUCAGGCGAGCUUUGUCUCGGCUACGACCAUGACGAUGGAUAGACGGUGUUCGGUCGAUUCCAACAUGUGGUUGGCAGGGCAGAUCGAUGAGGAAGACGAGGAUGAGGAUGGCGAUUCGAUGAGCGGGGUGCGCACUGUCAGCCAACCGGUACGACCUAUCGCCGCCAUCGCCAAGACGGGUGCGAUCAAGGUCAAGCAUCGAUUCAUGAAGAUCAUGAAGAGCGCUAGCCAGUCGCCUGUUUCGAGCUCGCCUGUCAUGACACCUCGAUCGCAGUCGCCCACGCGAAGCAUGGAAACGGCGUCGUUCUCGCAAAAGAACUCGGACAGCAUUAGUCAGCAGCCUAGUCGGCUGAGCAUGGAAAGCACGAGACCGUCGAUAGACAGCGAGACAAGUCGGCCUGGUUUGACGAGGCAGAUUUCGAAAAACUUGAAAAGACGGCUGAGUGGGAGGGUGGCACAGCUGGAAGACUCGGCGAGUAGUAGCGAAGAGGACACACGUGAAGGAGUAUACGAUACGUCGUCGAAGCAGAGAGUGCCGAGUUGGUGCGAUCGCGUGCUAUGGAAAACACAUGUCGAGCAAGAUAUCGGUCCCCAACCACGGCAAUUCGAGGUGCUGAGCGGACAGGCUCGAUUCAAGCUAUUUGGCCAUGCUAUCGCACAAAAAUUCCAUCGCAAGACCCGAGAUGCCCGGGACCGCAGUGAUCAGCUUCAGACGAGGUUUACUCGGAUGAUGGCGGAUAAUCAUGGGCCAUAUAUGCACGCCUUGCCGCCUCCGACGACGAUCACGACUCCGGUCUUGGCGAAUCGGGAUUCUCUCGUUGAUGGCGAUGUGGAUACUCCACGAGCAUCCGUGUUCAGCACCAAGACGGUCGUUCCAGAUGCGAGAUCGCCCUCGCCCACAGACGCGACAAUGGGUUCGGCUCGGCCGAGACCGCAGUCGGUCACAAUGGUCGAAUCGCUUGCAACGGUGAGAGGGGACGGCAAGGUCGAAUCGCCCAUGGGCAUCACUCUGGGUGCCCCGAUCGUUUCGGAGCCCAAGGUCGCGUUGAUCUCGGCGCAGUCUGAGAAGCCUGAGUCGCCCCACCGCCACCAUUCUGGUCUCGAUGCAUACUAUCCCCAUCGAAAAGAACAGUCGUCCCAAUCGGUCCCACGCAGUAGAACGAUUUCUGGGCUGCCACCGCACGAUCCGACGCAGCAUGAUUUCUUGGGCGAGACCUCUUUGGCAUCGGCGCGAAGAUGGUUCAGUAACCUGCCUGGUAUUCUCUUGCAUCCACGUGGAUCUAUUGAUCAACAUUACGUCGCACCGGAAGAGCCUGUGGUCGCGCCAGAACCCGAGCCAGAACCGGUCGUCCGCAGGCGCAAGGGCGAAGUAGACUGCCUCGAAUAUACGACCAUUGACGAUGUCGGCAUGAGACGCUUGGAAGGUCGAUCAGACCAUCGACCCAUCAUCUUCGCAGCCGCAGUAUAUACAUAGAUGCCAAAUGACGACCCCUAAAUACUAAAUUCACGACCAAUGUAACGAGAUCAAGCAUGCACAUUUAUAAUUCAGGAAU